AUUUUCUAUUUCCUGGGUGGCCCAGUAGUCUCCAAAAUAUCCCUUAAAAACAAGGUUUGACUGUUGCAGUCCAUAGCCUACCUCUUCCGCUUCUUCUUCAAUCGAAGACACGCAACACAGAGCUGCCAUCGCUCCCAAUCCAACUGCUGUCAUAUAGUUUGACAGGAGCUGAAUGACUGAAAAAUAGAAAAUGAAUCAGCUCGCAAAUUCAUUUUCUUUACUUGAGUUGGAUGUUGCAGAUGAUAGAGAAGUGGCGACUUCUGCUAUAGCUGCUGAUCCUAAAGAAAGUGGUAAUGGAAGAGGUAAAGGUAAGAAAAAAGAUGACAGUUCAGGGGACAUGACCGUAUCGAACAAUGACAAUGCGGGUCAAAAAAACCUGGAAAUGGGUUCAGGAGAGUACAAGAUGCCCCUCGUGUGGAUUGAUUUGGAAAUGACUGGUCUAGAUGUGGAAGUAGAUAGAAUUCUGGAGAUUGCUUGUAUAAUUACAGAUGGGAAUUUGACCAAAUCAAUUGAGGGACCUGAUUUGGUUAUCUCUCAAAGUAAGGAAUGUAUGGAUAGAAUGGGAGAAUGGUGUCAAACUCAUCAUGCAGCUAGUGGAUUGACCGAAAAGGUGCUCCAGAGUACAAUUAGUGAACAGGAAGCUGAAAAGCAGGUUAUUGAAUUUGUAAGGAGAUAUGUAGGCACGUAUACCCCUCUCAUCGCAGGAAAUUCAGUUUAUAUGGAUUUUCUAUUUUUGAAGAAGUAUAUGCCAGAUUUGGCGAGUCUGUUCUCUCAUGUAAUCGUUGAUGUUAGCAGUGUCAGGUCCCUAUGCCUUCGUUGGUACCCAAAAGAAACCAGGAAGGCUCCUUUGAAGGAAAACACGCAUAGAGCAAUGGAUGACAUCAAGGAAAGCAUAGCAGAACUUAAAUACUACAGGGGAAGUAUAUUCAAAUCACCUAAGUCUAAGAAGUGACAACAAACGAAGAGAUUGCAGAUUUCAGAUUGAAGUGAUCUCUUUUGUUGUAAAAUGGUUUUAUAGUCUUAUUUUGUGGUUUAGCAUAGUUAUGGGUGAAAGAAAACAUCAGAACCGAAAAGGAAUGAGUGAGACUGAGUUGAUGUUUUGAUUUAUCUCUGAUUAACAACAUUGUUUUGAUUGUUGCUAUUGAUUCAUCUGCAUGCCAAAGUCCAGGAUCCAAGUCCAAGAUCCAGGGAUGCUACUGAAGGGAUAAUUACUGGGGUGUUCAUUGAUCGGAUUGGUCUAGUUUAUGAGUGAUGACGUUGGAUACAAAAUUAUGUAUGAUGCGUUCGUAAAGAAUGAAAAAAUUAAAAUUUUAUUGUCAA